AUGGCGUACUGGUUCCAUCGUAAUCCUCUCAAGGCCACAUCAUCUGUUACAUUUGAGUUACAUGGAGUCACUAGCGACCAAAUAUCACGAAAAAUAAUCAGUGAUUUGCGACGAACCCGGGAUCAUUUGCUUGAACUGCUCACGGACCCCGGUCAUGAUAAGACAACUAUCGUGAAGGCGUACAAUGAGUAUUUCAGCUUGCUCCAAGGUUUAUACACACCCUUUGAAGAUGGUGGUGAUGAAAAUAAAUUGCGGAAGGCAAUACUUUUCAGAUGGACCAACACACUUAUGGGAAAAUCUUCAGUGGCUCAAAAAGAUGCUAUUUAUGAACAUGCCUCUAUGGCCAUCAAUGUAGCAAUGUGGUUUACUAAACAUGCUGCCAAGUUAGCUGCUCGAGAAGAUCCUUCAAUGGAAGAAGCAAAAGAGGUACACAAAUGUCUACGUAUAGCUGCUGGCAUUUUUACUUAUGUGAAGAAUGACUUAUCCAUGAAAUUGGAAGAUAUUGACAAUGGUACAGACGUUGACAUUCGAGUUAUUGAUGCUUACAUUCAUCAAUGUACUGCUGAAGCCCAGGAAGUGACCACUGCUCGAGCAAUUGAAUUAAAACAUGCAGCCAGCCUGAUUGCAGCUCUAGCCUAUGAAACUUCUCAAAUGUUCACUAAAGCUGAUGAUUCAAUUUCAACUUUAGAAGGAGAUGCUUUCAACAAAUGGAGGAAAUAUUUCCAGCUCAAGAGCAAUUUCUAUUUAGCCUAUGCUUACAAUUACCACGGUGAGAUACUGCUGGCCCAGGAUAAAUGUGGUGAAGCUAUAAAAUGCCUUGAAGAAGCCACAAAAUGUUUUGAAAAAUCUGGGAUCCAGUGUAAAGAGUAUUCUUCAAUGAAAGGUGGUGCAACAAAUGCAAAACCCCAGGAUCAUUUGUUUUUCAGAAGUUUAGGACCAAAAGUACGACGAACACUGGAAAAAUGUCAAAGAGAAAAUGGAAUGAUUUAUCAUCAAAAAGUCCCUUUUGAUGCCCCAGUUAUUGAAUUGAAAGCCACAUAUGGAUUAGUUAGUCCUGAGGAAUACCAGCCUGUACCUCUCAACUCUGUCUGGUCAGCAGCUAUCUAUCAAAAGUUUUCUGUUCCAAACACAGGAGUUGUCAACAUGCAGCAAAAAAAAGAGACUGCAAAACCUGAGGAACUUCCACAAGUGAAAGAAAAAGAAUACCCAAUGUCAGAUAAGGACCCUAAAAAUACCAGUGGAUGUGUUGUCUCCUAA